AUGUCGUCUAACGCAGGACAGAACCCGCCCUCCAAAGCAAUAAAUAUAUCAAAUACUCCGGCCGCGCCUGCCGCAUUCCACUCAACAGCUUCACUCGAUAUCAACACUCAGCGGCGUGUCGGUGGCUCUGGAAGCUUUGGAUCAGGGUCCUCUUCCAGGAAUUUGGCGACUGCCAGGAACACUCAGGGUCGAAAGAAUCAACACAAGAACCAGAAGAAAUCGCGACUGUUGGAUGAUGACGAAUAUAGCGAAUCGGCCGUGAUGAAAUCAACAAACAGUCGCAAAGGGCAAACGUCCAUCACUCACUUGAUGAACUUUUCUCUCCCACCACGUCCACAGUACCAACCACCACCUCGCAAUACUCGGCGUUACAAUACAUGGGGAGCGGGAUCCGGGUAUCAUGCUGUAGACAAGGCCCGUUAUGUUCAUGCCAACUAUCGAUUCAUUGUUUCACCGGAUCGAAAUUACCAUUCGCAGGCAGCCAAUGCCGACGUCCAUUUGGAUUGGGCCUCUGUUCUUCAAGUCCUUGUCUCCGCGCAGACUCAAGCUGCUAGCUGUCCAAUUUGUCUAUCCACGCCUGUGGCGCCACGUAUGGCUCGGUGUGGGCAUAUAUUCUGUCUUCCCUGUCUCAUUCGGUAUAUGCACUCGUCUGAUGAUGACAACUCAGCCCCGGAAAAACGCCCCAGGUGGAAGAAAUGUCCGAUUUGCUGGGAUUCAAUUUACGCUUCUGAGGUUCGUCCUGUUCGGUGGUUCCGCGGGCAAGAGGGAGAUCUUCCCUUCGAAGGGGGGGAUGUUGUUCUGAGGCUAGUAAAGCGAGAACCUGGCAGUACCCUUGCCCUACCUCGUGACGGUGCCGAGACGCUCGGACGGGGAGAAGAUAUUCCCUGGUACCACGUAGCGGAAGUUGCGGAUUAUGCUCGAAUAAUGAAAGGGGGCGAAGACUACAUGAAAUCUCAGUAUGAUUCCGAGAUUGAGGAUCUGCGCAGGCAAGCAGUUGAGGACGAGCUGUUGUUCGGCGAUGAGAAUACAUGGACACGGAAGGCCAUUUCCGGCAUACACGAAGCAAAGGAGAAACUGCAGGGCAUUGGCAAUCCUCCAGCUGUUCUACGCCAACUUGCAAUCUCCAGAUCAACCAAUCAACCUGCAGUGGACGCCGAGAUUAGCAUGCUGGGCCCAUCUGACAUUGCUAUCACAUCUGAUAGUCCCGUCACUGACUCAGCGCCCGGCCCCACCACUGAUUCUCAUCAGUUCGCAGACUCUACGUCGACACCAACAACUUCUGAUGAAACAGAUCAACUAUCAGACACCAUGGAUAAAUUGCGGGUGAACUCGGAUUCUAUAUCCAAAUCACGACCUAAAGGCAAGGGCAAAGAGGCGCAUGGCGCUCAUCCAUCAGACGAGCCAUAUUACUUCUAUCAAGCCUUGCCGCAGUUCUAUCUGUCGUCUCUUGAUAUUCGGAUUCUGAAGGCGGCAUUUCAUGAAUAUGCUUCGUUCCCUGCGACGAUACUGCCCAGAGUCGAGCGUAUUUCAACAGGCCACAUCGUUGAUGACGAACUUCGCAAACGAGUGAAAUACUUAGGCCAUUUACCCCAUGGCUGUGAGGUCAACUUCCUUGAAUGUGACUGGCGUGAUGUGGUUGUACCAGAAGUUCUGUCACGAUUCCGUACCGAGACUGAGCGGAGGCGAAAGCGCAACCGGGAGAAGGAGGCCCGCGAGGAGAAAGAUCGCAUCCGUGCAGAGAAAGAGGAGGAUGAUAAACGAUGGGCUGCAGCACGACACAAGCGACCGAGUAUUGGAGGCGUCAGCGAAGCGCCCUUCUCUGCCCAUGACUUCCAACCGCUAGCCAGCAACGACCCUGUCCUGUCCGAUAUGGGCACUUCCUCUGCCUCUUCCCCCCGCGCUUCCUCGCAGUCCGGGGCAUUGGCCUCUCCCUCUACCAGUCCACCAGGCACCCGAACUGUCUGGGGUACAGCAGCUAUUGGUUCACUCUUACCGGGUUUAGAAGCUCAACUCGGAACACCUAGUGACGGUUGGCUGCAUGGGUGGGAGGACGAGUUACUGGCCCAGCAAGAGUCUGAGAUAAUGGCUCUGACGGCCCCCGAUGCUCUCCCACCAACAUCCGGUCCGCCGAAUGGAGGCAAGAAAAAGAAGAAAAACAAGAUCACACUGAUGUCCACUAACAGCCACCGAGGUGCCUAA